AUGAUAUCUAAAAUGAAACUUGAAAUGUUACCAAAUGAAUUAUUACUGGAUUUAUUUGAAUAUUUUGAUUGUAUUUAUCUUCUUCGUAGUUUCUUUGGUUAUAAUAAUCGUUUUAAUCACCUUAUUUAUAUUUAUUUACAAACUCAUCAAUUAAAUCUAGAAUUUAUAUCAAAAGAUAAUUUUGAUUUAAUUUCACAAAAAUAUUUAUCAUCAUUAACUCAUCAUAUUAUUUCACUUCGUCUUUCAAAUGAACAAACACCGAAUUUAUCUAAUCUUCUUUUUUCAUCUAAUUUUACAAUUGAUAAAUUUUUUUAUUUACAAUCACUUUAUUUGCAUUAUAUUCCUUCGCUUGAUAUAUUAAUUGAAAUAACAUAUUAUUGUAAAAACCUUAUUUAUCUUACUGAUCUUACGAUAAUUAAAUGUAAUAUUAAUGAAAAAUUAAAAAAUUGUAUAAAUUUAUUUCAUAAUAUAUGGAAUAUACCAAAAUUAUCCUAUUGUAAUUUAGAUGGUAUUGAAUUAAAAUGUUUUUCAUUAUUAUUUAUGUCGAAAAUAUCAUUAACAAUUAAGAAACUUUUUAUUGAAAAUAUUUCAUGUGAUUUAUCUUAUUUAUUUUGUAUAUUAAAUUGUACACCUAAUUUAGAACAACUUUCUACAACAAUUUAUUCUUAUUCUACUAAUACAAAUCUUGAUGCUAUUAUUCAAUCAAUGAAAUCAUUAAAAAUAUAUUAUCAAGGUUCAAUCGAUUCAUUGAAAACUAUUUUAUCUCAAAUGCCUAAUCUAACUCAUUUAAAAAUCGGAACAUUGGAUUUAAUUAUGGAUGGAAAUGUAUGGAAACAAAUAUUAAAUGAGUAUUUAUCUAAAAUUGAAAUAUUUCAAUUAAAAAUGAAAUUAGAAUUUGAAGGAAAUGAUACUGAUGUCGAAAAAAGUGUUAAUCAAUUACUUGAUAGUUUUAAUACAAGAUUUUGGAUUGAAGAACAUCGAUGGUAUGUGCGUUGUGAUUGGGAAUUAUCAGAAAUAACUACAUAUGCUUUUCUCUAUACACUUCCAUAUGCAUUCAAGACAAUUUAUUAUUUAAAUGAAUGUAAUACGAGAUCUACUUGUGAUGAUGAAGAAAAAUAUCGAUCAUAUAAAUGUGUUGAAAUGUUCGAAAAUAGUUAUAGGAAAAGUAUGUUAUUACAUAAUUUUAAUCUUGUUUGUGAUAAAUUUCCAAAUCUUCGUUCUCUUGAUGUUGUACUUCCAUUUGAAAAUCAUUUUAAUUCACAUAAUAUUAUUUUUAAUCAAUUAACUUCACUAACGGCAAGAAUACAAAUUGCAUCUGCUUAUGAUCAAUUACAAAUAUUAUUUAAUCGAGCACCUCGUUUGUAUUCAUUACGAAUUAUAUUUUGGAGAAAAUUUAGUAAUAAAUUAUUUCAAUUAACAAGUAAAACAAUUCGUCGAGUUGAAUUAGGUGGAAUGUUUAGUUGGUGUAAUGAAUUUACUAAAGAUGAAUGUAUUGCAUUUGCUAAUUCGGAUUUAGGACAUCAAUGUGAAGUUCUUUCAAUUGAAAUUGAAAAUCGAAAUAGUGUUAUUAAUCUAAUUGAAGGAAUGUCUAAUCUUCGAUUAUUAAAUUUUCGAUCUCGAGAUGAUAGAUGGGAUUAUAGAAAAAUUCCAUCGACAGAAAAUGAACUUAUUCAUUGGAUACAAAAUCAUUUUUCAUCAACAUAUGAAAUUAUACGAAAUCUAGAAAAACCAACCUCUAUUCAAGUAUGGAUUGAUCAACAAGAAAGAAAAAUGAAACGUGAUACAAAAAUAUCAAAAAGUGGACAUAAAGUUUCGAAAGUUGUUUCAUCUGUUCAAAAAUUCUUUGCGAAGAGAUAA